UCUGUGUCUCUUUCCUCUCAUGCUCCGUGUAACUCCACUUUCUAUCCCAAUACUCUUCUAAUUACUGCUGCUAUUUUUCGAUUCUUGCAGGUUAGGGUUUUUUUUUCAUCUCUAUUCUGUGAUUCAAUGACGGGGAAAAAUUGCACUUGAGUGUAAUUUGAACCUGGAGAUUCAACUUGAUAUUUGCUGAAAAUUUUUGACGGAGAAUGCUCUGUUUUUGUUCGUUAAUUUCACGCGUUGGUAUUAGGAGUUGGAUAGGAGUCCUUUUUUGGGUUUAAGGGAGCUGAGAGCUGAGGAAUUUAGAGGAUUAGUUGAGGAUAUAGGAAAUGGCGGCAGAAUCGAACAUGGGGUUUCAUCAACAGCAAGCCUGGUCUUUUCAGUCGGGGGUGUCGUCGGAGAUGAUUCCGAUUGGUAAUUUUUAUGGUCAUCUUGGGGUAAAUGUAAAUGUAAAUAAUAGCAACAGUGCUAGUGGUUUAUCAGGAGGAGGAGGAGGGGUGUUGUUUUCUGGGAAUCCAAAUAUAAUUACCAACAGUAACAAUAAUCCCGGGAUUAGUCAGGCCGGGACCUCAUCGCCUUCAUUUCUUAUUGACACUGUGCCGGGGCUUAAGCAUGACACCGGAUUGGCGGUGGAGUGGUCAGUCGAAGAACAGUACAAAUUGGAGGAAGGACUCAUCAAAUUUUCCAGUGAACCUAGUAUCAUGAAAUACAUUAAAAUUGCAGCCACACUCCGUGAAAAAACUGUUCGUGAUGUUGCUCUGAGGUGUAGGUGGAUGACGAGAAAGCGAAGGAAACAGGAGGACUAUAAUAAUAUGGGGAAAAAAGUGAAAGACAGGAAGGAUAAAGCAGCUGAAUCAUCCUUGAAGAAUAGUACAACUUCAGCUUCUCCAUUGAACUUGGCUGCAUAUUCUCUAGCUGUUAAUCAUCGUGACCGCAGUAACUGCAUGAAUUCUGGAGCAUUACAUGGAACGAGAAAUCUUUUGGAAGAAAAUAAUCAAGCUCUUGAUCAAAUUUCAACAAACCUUUCAACAUAUAAGUUGCAGGAUAACGUUGACCUCUUCUUUCGUACAAGGAACAAUAUAACUGCAAUCCUCAACGAAAUGAGCAAUAUGCCUGGGAUCAUGAGCCAAAUGCCACCGCUUCCUGUGUUUCUUGAUGAAGAGCUUGCUAGUAGUCUUUUGCCAAAUUCAACUCAGUCCAUGAUGUUUGGCUCAUCAAGCGGGAUCCAGCUGAAACAGGAACCUGGAUGUUGACAGAGAUUUCUCAGUGCUGAGUUGAAUUACUGGCGUGUGUAAGUAGACCAUUUUUUUGCUGUAAAUGCAUAAGAAGCUGGCAGGCCUUUUCCGGCUUUUGUACACAACACAAGUUGGGUCCCGAGGGAUAAAGAAUACAUUAGAUAACCUUAUUUUGGAAGCUGAAAUAUCUGAUGUACCAGAUACUGAGCCCAAGCACUGGAUAAUAACAGCCUCAUUGUCGGUUGAACGUCAGCCAGUCUAAUCAGAUUGCAUUCUAGAAAGCAAGCAAGCUAGCUUAAAAAAAAAAUUAUGAGUUGUAGUCUUUUUGUGUGUAAAUUUUAUAUGACUAAUGAAAACUCUGGAGUCAGUCCAUAGGGUUUUUAUGUCCUUGUCAUUUGCAGCCUUUUAGCAUUUGAAGAUCAGUUUCUUGGUUUUGUGGUUAGGCCACAUAUAACAUCAUUUCUUGGUUAUGAGAGCCCCACCUUGUAAGAAUUUUACUAAUAAAACCCACUGAUCUUAUUCUGCUGUCUCAUCCAUUUAUGCUUUAUGAAGGAUGAACGACAACAUGGCUACAA